CGCGCGGUGUCGUCACCCGUUUCCCUUCGCAUCCCCACGUGGGGAAGCCGCCCUCCGAUAGGCAGAUGUGGCCGUCGUCCCGGCGAGUAAUCCGAUUGGACAGAUAGGCGCUUUCACGGUAGUUCAGCCCCGCUGCCUGUGUGUGGCAACCGGGCUAAACUGGACAACUGAGGGGGAAACGCGAGAUGGUGGAGAGCACCAUGUUACGCUUUUAAAGAAUCUCCAGUCUUUUUGCGGACGCGAAAGGAGACGCUUUUCGCCGCUCUUUCGGGGAUUACGGCGGCUAAAUUCCUGGGAGGUUCGGGUUUGAGGCUCGACGAGGAGAAAAGUAGUUUUUGUUCCGAGCUCCGACCGCAUCGCCGUCUGCUUUUGCCCACUGCUCCGCCGGUGUGGCAGGGGUGCGCUCCGGCGACAGGAUGCUCCGCCACGCUCUCUUUCGGAGGGAUUAAACGAGGGGAUUCUAGGCUGCUUUCUCUUCCUCGGUGACGGCACAGGCUAUUCACCACCUCUCCCCUUCACCGACAACAAGCCCCUCGGCUGCCUGCUCUUUUCAACCAUUUUGCCAAAAGACCUGCUGAAAUAAACAAAGGGUUCAUUUCAAGAUGUAUCCACAAGGCCGACAUCCGGCUCCUCAUCAGCCAGGCCAGCCAGGCUUCAAAUUCACCGUGGCGGAGUCUUGUGACCGAAUUAAAGAUGAAUUCCAGUUUCUUCAAGCCCAAUAUCACAGUCUUAAGGUGGAGUACGACAAGCUGGCCAAUGAGAAGACUGAGAUGCAGCGUCACUAUGUCAUGUACUAUGAAAUGUCUUACGGACUCAACAUUGAGAUGCACAAACAGACGGAGAUUGCCAAACGGCUGAACGCUAUUUUAGCGCAAAUUAUGCCUUUCCUGUCACAAGAGCACCAACAGCAGGUUGCUCAGGCAGUGGAGCGGGCAAAGCAGGUCACUAUGACUGAGCUGAAUGCCAUCAUCGGGGUACGUGGACUUCCCAAUCUGCCUCUCACCCAGCAGCAGAUUCAGGCGCAGCACCUCUCCCACGCUGCUCACGGGCCUCCCGUCCAGUUGCCCCCACAUCCCUCUGGCCUGCAACCUCCUGGCAUCCCUCCCGUGGCAGGUUCGGGAUCAGGGCUGCUGGCGCUCGGAGCCCUUGGCAGCCAAGCCCACCUUCCGGUAAAGGAUGAGAAGAACCACCAUGAUCUAGAACACAGAGAGAGCACGAAUAACUCAAUAUCACCGUCGGAAAGCUUACGCACAGCCAGCGAGAAGCACCGCAGCUCAUCCGACUACAGUUUGGACUCCAAAAAGCGCAAAGUGGAGGAAAAGGACAGCAUGAGCAGAUAUGACAGCGAUGGGGAGAAAAGCGAUGACUUGGUAGUGGAUGUCUCAAAUGAGGACCCUGCUACACCCCGGGCCAGCCCAGCACACUCGCCGCCCGAGAACGGCAUUGAUAAGCCCCGCCCCCCCAAGAAAGACACGCCCAACAGCCCUGCGUCAGUAGCGUCCUCUGGAAGCACCCCAUCCUCCAAGGCCAAGGAACUCAGUCAUAAUGACAAAUCUUCCACGCCUGGCCUCAAGUCCAACACCCCCACCCCGCGCAAUGAUGCCCCCACUCCUGGCACCAGCUCCACUCCUGGGCUCAGACCCAUCCUGGGCAAACCACCAGGCAUGGAGGCACUCGCAGCCCCAGCCUUGCGUACACCGCUGUCCAUCGCUGGCUCUUACCCCACACCUUUUGCCAUGAUGGGUCAUCAUGAAAUGAACGGAGGCCUGACGAGCCCUGGUGUGUACGCCGGACUGCACAUUUCCCCUCAGAUGAGCGCUGCAGCCGCUGCAGCCUAUGGACGCUCCCCCAUGGGUUUUGAUCCUCACACCCACAUGCGAGCCCCAGGCCUUCAAGCAAGUCUCACAUCCAUCUCAGGUGGCAAACCCGCUUAUUCCUUCCAUGUGAGCGCCGACGGCCAGAUGCAGCCUGUCCCGUUCCCACCUGAUGCUCUGAUUGGCCCUGGAAUUCCACGCCACGCCCGUCAGAUCAACACCCUGAGUCACGGCGAGGUGGUGUGUGCCGUAACCAUUAGCAACCCCACACGCCACGUGUACACGGGCGGCAAAGGCUGCGUCAAAAUCUGGGAUAUCAGCCAACCUGGCAGCAAGAGUCCCGUGUCCCAACUGGACUGUCUGAACAGGGAUAACUACAUCCGCUCCUGUAAGCUGCUGCCCGAUGGCCGCACAUUGAUCGUAGGAGGCGAGGCCAGCACACUGACCAUCUGGGAUCUGGCCUCUCAGACGCCACGUAUCAAAGCUGAGCUCACCUCCUCUGCACCGGCGUGCUACGCCUUGGCCAUCAGCCCCGACGCCAAAGUCUGCUUCUCCUGCUGCAGUGACGGAAAUAUUGCCGUGUGGGACCUCCACAAUCAGACUCUUGUUAGGCAGUUUCAAGGUCACACAGAUGGCGCCAGCUGCAUUGACAUAUCCCACGACGGCACUAAGUUGUGGACAGGCGGCCUAGACAACACUGUUCGCUCCUGGGAUCUGAGGGAGGGUCGACAGCUGCAGCAGCACGACUUUACUUCGCAGAUCUUCUCGCUUGGCUACUGCCCGACCGGUGAGUGGCUGGCUGUGGGAAUGGAAAGCAGCAACGUGGAGGUGCUGCACCACUCCAAACCAGACAAGUAUCAGCUGCACCUGCACGAGAGCUGCGUACUCUCCCUCAAGUUCGCCUACUGUGGGAAAUGGUUUGUUAGCACUGGGAAAGACAACCUGCUAAAUGCUUGGAGGACUCCCUACGGCGCCAGUAUAUUCCAGUCAAAGGAAUCUUCAUCCGUCCUGAGCUGUGACAUCUCCACGGAUGACAAGUAUAUUGUGACGGGCUCUGGUGACAAGAAGGCCACAGUGUAUGAAGUGAUCUACUAAAAACGGAGCGCUUUGUCUGCAAUCGUGUUUGGCGCACCCCUCCUUCGUGGACUCCCCCCCCCCCCUCACAGACAGCAUGGAUGUUGACAUGGAUGGCCGCGAGGUUUGGCAGGGCCAGACUGAGGUGGAUGAGGUUUAUUUUUAUGGUCCCUGGAUGUUUUGACCUUCAGCUCUGCACUUCCUCACUCAUCCAACUAACACUUGUACAGCCAGAGCAACUCCCAAAGGCACUAAGAAGAAAAUGUUUUUGCUGUUUUUAUUUUUUUGGUUUGUUUUUUUGGAUAUAUCUCCCUUUUUAAUGUGGAAAUAAAGUUCCAUGAUACAACUAGAAGCGGUGCUUCGCUCUGGAGUCUCUCAUUGGAGGUCCUGUGAAAAGUGUACAUAAUGGAGUUUAAAAAAAGGCCUUUUUAUAGAUUUAUAUUUUGGUGUCCAAUUACGCUUGUGAUGGUUCUCUCUUGUUCUCUGUGAUUUUCUGUCCCCUGUGGGAAUGAAAAUUAGAUUAGGACUUUGUAAGAGGAUAUUCUAUUCCCCCCACCCCCUCACCGCUUUUUUUCCCACAAUGAUUGUGCUGGAUGACCUUUACAGAAAUCUAAUUUGGAUUUUUUUUUUCACCCCCUUUCCCUGAAAAACGAACCUUUUGCCCUCACUGGAAUUUGAUUUAACACAGAUGGUUGACCCGUGGAUUUCAGCAGUGGAUGAUUUAAAAAAUCUUUGUCUGACUGGAAGGAGGAAAAUGCCGAUCUGUGCUACUUUUUUGCCCAGACUCUGGAGGGGGAAAAACAGCUUGAUAAAGACCUCUCUGUGGACUUUGGCUGCUUUCAAUAACAUUAAAAUGGAUUACUAUCUACUGAGAACUGAUGGCUUUUAUGGAGAAGCAGCUGUGACUUGAUUUUCAUCCUGUUGAUGUGAUGCUUCAUUGCCUCGUCCAACAAAGUCAUCGGUCUAAAUGGCCCUUCUCUAUCUCGCUGGUGUUUGACGCUUUGUGACUGAUAUGCAAGUCUUAUGUUGGCAAGUAAACGUCAUAAGCACAUAUGACAUUUUGGGUAUGCUCUGUUUGCUUUCCUCAGUAUUUCCAAUAUUUCACUACAAACUGCUCGUAGAGAAGAAUGGUCUCUUCGUAUUCAUGUCGUCAUCUUUGAAGACUGUACAGUUGGCAGUUGUUGACAAGUCAAUAAACUGUUUUUGUAUAAAACAAACUUGACUGGUAAUACUAGUGUUUAUUUAAGAGAAAGACAACACCUAGUUUAGAUCACCAUUGUUGUUACAGGUAGUCUUCGAUAGCAGUCUGAUUCUGGAUUACAGAUUUUUUAUUUGAAAAUUAAUUAAACUAUUUGACUUUAAUAAAUUAAUUAGAUGUUACUUUUUAGGUUAUAUUCAACAGUUUAAACUAGGGCUGUCAAAAUUAUCGCGUUAACGGACGGUAAUUAAUUUUUAAAAUUAAUCACGUUAAAAUAUUUGACGCAUUUAACGCACAUGCCCCGCUCAGUUUAAAAUGACAGCAGUGUCAUGUCCACUUGUUACUUGUGUUUUUUGGUGUUUUGUCGCCCUCUGUUUCAGCACCAUGAGCAUUGUGUAAUUAUUGACAUGAACAAUGGCGAGCUACUAGUUUAUUUUUUGAUUUAAAAUUUUACAAAUUUUAUUAAAACGAAAACAUUAAGAGGGGUUUUAAUAUAAAAUUUCUAUAACUUGUACUAACAUUUAUCUUUUAAGAACUACAAGUCUUUCUAUCCAUGGAUUGCUUUAACAGAAUUAAUAAUGCUAAUGUCAUCUUGUUGAUUUAUUGUUAUAAUAAACAAAUACAGUACUUAUGUACAGUAUAUUGAAUGUAUAUAUCCGCCUUGUGUCUUCUUUCCAUUCCAACAAUAAUUUACAGAAAAAUAUGGCAUAUUUUAUAGAUGGUUUGAAUUGCGAUUAAUUCCGAUUAAUUAACGUGAACGUAAUGUGAUUAACUCGAUUAAAAAUUGUAAACGUUUAACAGCCCUAGUUUCAACAUAUGUAUAUAUAUUCUUUCCAACGAGCACUAUUACACUUUCCAAGAAUCUGUUUGCAUGUGUUCUGUGGAUUACUAUACAAAUUUGUUGAACAGUGCCGGACGCUACAAUAUGGUUAUCUUUGGCUGACACAAAGUAAAAAUAGUGGCUGUAUUUCCACCUUGGGAACGCGCAUCUCUCUCCAGCAUCUGUUGUUGUCUAUGUUCUUCUAUUUAUCCUGUAUACAGUUUUCUUGCUGCUGCUUUAGGUGUGUUCUUUUAAAGUUGAUGGUUUAUGCAGUAU